CAACACCACCGUACGAAGCUGGGAGGCAACAAUACUCAAAAUAUUCUUCAAUGCUGGACUUUCUCAGGAGCAAAAAAAGGACGAUUGGACCCGCUACUUCAGAGAGCGCGGGUCCGCUGAACCAGCUGCCUUCAUGCGGCGCGACUCAUGUGUGCGAGCCGACUGGGAUGCGCGUGGACCGGCUUCUUCUGUUCGAGGGACCCCGAGAGGUGGAGGUCAUCGAGGACUGUCAUUGUGAGAUCAAGUUAACCCAGUGCAUACGUGUCCCCGGACUGAGGACUUACUACUCCGAGACACCGUACGAGACAGUCAUCGACGUGGGAGGAUGCUCCCAGUCGAAAGGCUCGCCAGAUGGCUUCUCCUGUGUCCCCACAAAGUUUGAAUCAGCCUUGGUGGAAACCCCCAACAAAGUGGAUCUCAUACAGACUGUGGCAGCCUGUGAGCUGAAGGAAAGCUGCUACAGGGUCCGAUACGUGGAGUAUUAUUAUGAAGUAGUCUACCAUGCAGAUGGAGUCAAAGAAGAGAAGCUCAAAGAAAUAGAUGUGGGCAGAUGUUUAGGAAGCUGCACUACAGGAAACCGAUGUCUUCUCAGGAGUCCAACUGAUCCAGAAAUCUGCCACUUGUGGUCUGAGAGGCAUUCCAGUUCCUGUGUUCCUCAGGGAUAUGAGAGCCACAGCUUCAUCAACCAGUAUGGGCAGAUUCGUACAAUCCUGUCCAUCACUUCCUGCCAUUGUCGAAACUAAACGCAGCGCCCUCUGCUGGAAAAUAACUUGAAAGACUUUCAGGGGCUCCCAAAAUUUGGCCCAUAGUGGCUGUAGCGCAUUGUGAUAGCGGAUUUUAAAUGGAACUU